AUGAACGGCAUUACGAACAUUAAGACAUUAACGUGUGACGCCCGUGAUAUCGCUCUUGUAUUGCCAUUCCGUAAGACUACACUAUUAUUCCUCGAUUAUUGUAAUUCAAAAGCCUUAUCAGACAUUUCAAUCGAAAUACAGCUUGCAAAAAACAUAAUAGGAAGAGGUAUAUUGAAUGGAGUGUCCUUUCCUAAAUGGAAUAGAGCAUCUAUUGUGUCAAAUCCUAAUCGAGAUACACAAAAUGCAGAAGCAAGAUUUUGGCCGCCCGCACAGAAGGAAAGUAGGUUUUUAUCACUGUUCACGGUGGUAACAUUUCCAAAUGGUGGAUGCGCGGGUGCUUCAGGUGAUAAUGGCACGUGUAUGACUGCGCGGGAAUGCUCCUCUCGGGGUGGGUCUGCUAACGGGUACUGUGCCAAUGGAUACGGCCUUUGUUGCAUCUUUAUGACAUCAUGCGGAAGUUCUACUUCAGAGAAUGGGACCUACUUUGUUAAUUCCGGAUAUCCAUCGUCUUAUGAUGGCACGGGAUCAUGUGAACUCACCGUCAUCAAAUCCCACCCAGACGUAUGUCAGAUUAGAUUGGAUUUCAAUCGGUUUUCCAUCGCUGGUCCCGAACAAAUGAAUCACGUAUGCAAUCAGGAUCAGUUCAUCGUGUCGGGUGGUAAUCCUGUGCCAGCCAUCUGCGGCGUAAACCAGGGUAGCCACAUGUACAUAGACGCGGGAGUAGGUACUACGAAUCCUGUGAAACUAACGUUUGUAACCAGUGGAAAUUCGUUCGAGCGAAUGUGGAAGGUAAAAGUUACUCAAAUCCCCUGCAGUACUAUAUACAAAGCGGAGGAAGGCUGUCUUCAGUACUACACCGGUGUGUCUGGGCAGCUUCGUUCCUUCAACUAUGACCCAGCAUCAGGUCUUCAGCUCAGUAACCAGGACUACGGUAUCUGUAUAAGAAUGGAGAGAAACUUCUGUGGAAUUCAAUACACUGCAUGUCCUGAUACCGUUAACAAUCGCUCCCGCUCAUUUACUCUGAGCGGUAACAGUAAUGGUCCAGUAAAUGCCAUGAUUGGCUCAGGAGCUGGUCCCAACAAUUGCGCCAAUGACUGGCUGUUGGUACCAUGUGCUGCCAACGUGGGCAGAAUACAACCAGCCCAAGCUCUUUGCACAGAUAGGAUUUGCGGCGGCACUUUCUCGGCUGAUUUGUCGAUGCAGCCCGCCACCGUACUAAGUACUGUGAAGCCGUUUCGUCUAUGGUUUCAUACAGACAAUGUAGAGGCACCAGUGGACAUAGAUAAUCGAGGAUUCUGUUUAAAUUAUAUACAGCAACCCUGUACCAAUAAUGUUAUUUAA